CUCAUCGCUCAAGAAAACCGCUUCUUCGAUAUUUCUGCAACUUCACUCAGUCCGAUCGGCUUUCCGUCGCUUCACCGAUAAUGGCCGCCGCUGCUCCUCCGCCGGCUCCGACUCCAACGCCAACGCCGCCCAACACAGUUCCGGCGGGUUCUACUCCAAUCGGUCACCCUCUGUUCUCACGAGUUCGUCUUGCUACCCCUUCCGACGUCCCUCACAUUCACAAACUCAUCCACCAAAUGGCCGUCUUCGAACGCUUAACCCAUCUCUUCUCCGCCACCGAAUCUGCUCUCUCCGCCAAUCUCUUCUCCGAUCCGCCGUUCCGAUCGUUCACCAUUUUCAUCCUCGAAGUUUCCCCUAAACCCUUCCCCGAAAACUCCCCUCAUAACGCUAACCCUAACUACACCCCCGUCGUUCACAUCAUCAAUUCUGAUCUCCCUGUGGAAGAUCCAGAACGGGAGAUUUUCAAAUCGGAAGAUGAAAACAUCGCGGUUGCUGGAUUUGUUCUAUUUUUCCCCAAUUUCUCAUCCUUCUUGGCGAAGCCAGGUUUCUAUAUAGAGGAUAUCUUCGUGAGAGAGUGCUACCGGAGGAAGGGUUUGGGGAAAAUAUUGCUGUCGGCGGUGGCGAAACAGGCGGUGAAAAUGGAUUACGGGAGAGUGGAGUGGGUGGUGCUUGAUUGGAACACAAACGCAAUCCAAUUUUACGAGGAAAUGGGUGCGCAAAUCUUGCCGGAGUGGAGAAUCUGUCGACUCACCGGCGAUGCGCUUCAGGUUUAUGGAAAUACUAACUGAAACUAAUGGAGUUUUCACUAUUUCUUUACGCGUUUUGUAGCUUUUUCAUUUCACUUGAAGAAUCUGGAGAGAAUUGCUUAUGCAAUUCCCAUUAGAGUGUCGUCUUAUCAGUGUAUGGUUUUUAAGUUAAUGUUAAUCUCUGAAGUUUUUGAUCAUGA